AUGGUAACUAUUAGAUUUUAAAUAUUUUUAUUAUUAUUUCUGCAAAUUUCUGCAGAAAAGACUUUGGAUCCUUGUGAAAAUUAUUUAUGCAUAUUAGAAUUGCUUUAAAUUAAAUCUAAGAAAGCUUUAGCAAUAGAUCCAUAAAAAUGCAUAUUAAAAUUGUGGGUGAAUUUUUAAUUAAAAUCUGUAAUUAAUAUUAUAAAACUAGAAUGCCUAUUUAAAAUUUCACAGCCUAGGGAAGAAAUUCAGAAAAAAUUAGAUAAGCAUGGAAUAACAAGGGUUAAUUUAGAUUUAAUAUUGGGUUUUAACAUAAAUAAAAAUUAAAAAAUGAAAGAAAUGAUGCCUAAAUAGCGGUGUUAGAUAUUUAUUUUAUUCAUUAACAAUCUUUUGUAUGAAAGAUCAAUUUUGAAUAAAUAGCAAGG